GAGUCAACUUCAAAGUUGCCAGGAUACAUCCUGGCAACAAAGGCUGGGGUUCCUGUUCCAGGCAGCCAGCCUCACAUACUACAUGAACUCUUGCAAGAGGGGAUGUGAAUCGUGGAGCUCCCAGCUGUUCUGCUCCUGUUUCCACCAGCUCCCUCACUGAGGGGUUCAGCAGGCCAUGACAAAAGCCAAAAUAGAAAGAUAAAGAACAAAUAUUACAAGAUCUUGGAGGCAUCUGAGGUUUCAUGGGGACUUUCCAGCAUUCCAGACUGCUGCCCUGCAAUGAAGCUCUGAGUCACUGUCUUUGGGUCUAAGGUACUGGCUACAAUGUGGAACCCCAGAACAGCCAACCUGACUAACCUUCACUCUAAGCAGAAGCCCAAAAUAUGUCUGGCCUGAAAUCAGAGCAAGCACUCGAGAAAGACUUCUUUGUUAAUGGAAAGAGGAAAGGAGAAAAGGGUUUCCAACACGUUGCAACAGUCUUUCCACCCUUCUAAAGAGCCCACCUCCCUUAUAAACCAAGCUGUUCUAUCUAGUGCAUCCCAUUCUAGCUUUUUGCCAGAAAUAGAGCAUGUCAAUCCUGGUGAAAAAAUAAAGACGAACCCUCAGAAAAAUAGACCUGGAACUGUAAUACUCCUAAAACGGUCCAGUAGGAGGAUUAUGUCGGAAAGUCAACCCAGCCCCCCUGUGAUCCCAUCCCGCAGGCCCGGGUUCCAGGUGUGCUAUAUUUGUGGCCGAGAAUUUGGGUCCCAAUCGCUUGGCAUUCACGAGCCCCAGUGCUUGGAGAAGUGGCAUACUGAAAACAGCAAGUUGCCCAAGCCCCUGAGGAGGCCAGAACCUUCCAAACCACUGCCUCUCAGUGGAAGUGGAUCCUACAAUCUUCAGGCAGCAUUCCAGAGUUCCCAGGCUCAGCUGCUGCCCUGUGAAUCCUGUGGCCGCAAGUUCUUGCCAGAUCGGCUUCUUGUUCAUCAGAGAAGCUGCAAGCUGAAGGGUGAGGGGCCCAGGGCACCAAAUCCCAACAGUUCUGAUAAUCUUGCUGCUCUCAAGAAAGCUUCUGUUGGCCUCCCAACCCGACCAAGGGCUCUCAUCUGCUGCGUUUGUGGUAGGGAAUUUGGCACUCUGUCCCUUCCUAUACAUCAGCCCAAAUGCCUGGAAAAGUGGAAAAUAGAAAAUGACCGGCUCCCCAGGGAGUUCUGCCAGCCACUACCGCGGAAGCCUCAGCCCCUUCCAACUGGACAGUCCAACCAAGAGGGGCCGAGUCAAGCUCAGCUCGUACCCUGCCCAAAUUGUAGCCGUACCUUUGCCCCUGACAGCCUUCUGGUACACCAGAGAAGUUGUACAGCUCAACCUAGUGGGCCAAAAGUUCAGGAUUUGACAUUAUGGAGUAAAGGUGGCCUCAAACAGUCCACUAAUUCCAAGCAGCAAAGGAACAUGGCAGUACCCACUGUGACUGAUAAGCCAACAAUGAUAAGGCAUCCACCAACAGUUGUUUGCUACAUUUGUGGUCGUGAAUAUGGAACAAAAUCAAUUUUCAUCCAUGAGCCACAAUGUCUGAAAAAAUGGCAUAAUGAAAACAACUUGUUGCCUAAAGAGCUAAGGAGACCAGAACCGAAAAAGCCAGAAGUCAGGACCAUUACUGCCAAGGGUUUCUAUGAUCUUGAUGCCUUAAACGAAGCUGCUUGGAAAAGUGCCCAGAGCCAGUUGGUUCCCUGUAAUGUUUGUGGGCGUACCUUCCUGCCAGACAGACUGAUUGUUCACCAACGAUCCUGUAAACCAAAAGUCGCCAAGGAACAGCUUGAGGAACGUCAAGGUGCCGACCGUGGGACUUCCACUUCUGGCCCCAGCUCCAGCUCCAUCUGAGCCGGCCUGCAAACGUUACAGGGGAUCAAAUCUGAAGCAAGUUCAGUCACAAUGACAUCAAUCCAAGGGCUCAUAUCUUUCAUCAAGACAAGUCACUGAAGUCUCACCAUUAAUAGGACAGAGCUCACCUGCUCUCUGCCAACUGCCCUUCCCCCAAUUUGUUCACAUCUGUGCAGAUUUUUGUAGUCUAAAAAGGAAACUGAUUUCUUUAAUAGUGGUUGGCACAUCCAUAAGCUUUGAAUCUGAAUCUUGUAAUGGUUCCCAUAGAUAGUCUCCUAGGUGAUGAAGAGCAGAUACUAGAUGAAGGUACUUGGAGCUCUUACACUGGCUCAGGUAGGUAUCAGCUUGGGAUGCAAUGUUAUUAGAGGCAUUGGCAACAAUACAAUUCCCUCUCUGCUCUGGCAACUUGUGCUGCACAGUCUUUUAUUGAAUUCCCCUUUAGUUGAGGUUAUGGGAAGAAUUCCAGGAUUUCUUGAUACUCAUUUGCACAUUAAAUUCACAUCAACGUUGCGGGGCAUGUCUUAUCAGAAGGGAACACUGGAGACAGAACAAGCCUGUCCUACUAAGGGAUAUAGACGGGGAGACUCUCCUCCGGUGAGUAAGCAUGGAGAUCUGUUCGAGCUCCGUUGUGGGAGCUCCUCAGGUUGUGGGAGCUCCUCCUCAUCAGGCAGCCUUGGAUGUAUUUCCAAGUAGGGUCCCAGUAUUUCCAAGGAUGGCUCCCAGAUGACACUGCUUCAGCUUGGGGAAUAUUGGCCUGAAUCUCUUCACAAAAAAAGAAGCUUCUACUGACAAGCAGACCCAUUUGUGAGCAGGGAAGAGAAAGAGGGCAGAUAUCCAAAGUCUUCCAUCUCCUGAAAACCUGAAAACAGCCUUGGUCUCUCAGUACUUCUGACAUUAGCAACAUCUCUUCUUUACACCCUCAUCUAAACCAACUCAUAUGGCUUUAAUCCCAGACCAGGUCAGGUCAGGAAGUUCAGCCCUUUCCUUCCCCAGCCCUGUGGGGACCUUUCCCUGCUCUGGCAAUGGACAGCUUUCCUUUAUCAUUUAUUACUUCCCUCCUGACUCUCUGUCUGGCCCACAUGAAUGGCCGUGCCUGUUUCAGCUGGCCCUGCCCACUCUCUGUGAGCACUGUGGCCAGAGAUGGAAAUGAGGUUUUCCUGCACUUGGAAGAAACAGCACACAUGAGAGGCAGUUGAGUUUCUGGCGGGGGCCAAAUUGGAUGGUGUAGAGAGAAUUACACCAGGAAAAAACACUGUUAAUUUAGCAUAGGA